AACCCUAGGUUCUGUUUGGUUACAGGGUGUACACUGUACCCCUCUUCUUCUUCUUCUUCUUCUUUCCCAUUUCUCACGAAAUUAGCAUCAAAAUUUCAACUUUACCCCAUAAUUAUUUCCUGUAACAUCAAAAUUUUACUCAAUUUUUCUUUCAUGGCGGCCAGGAAGCUAGUUCGAGAUUUUCUCCUUUCCAGACAACGUCUUUUCAUUCCACCACAGGCUUCGACUACGAGAUUACGGUUGCCUUUGGCUAAUGGAUAUUCGGGAAAUCGUCAGUUCAGCGUGUUCAAUGAAUUUUCUAAGAAAAUUAAAGGCGAAGUCAACAAGAACUCAGAUUUUCAAAAGUCAGUUAAGGAUCUGAAGGAGAAGGCAGAAGAGCUAAAAGGGGUUAAAGAAGAGCUAAAAGUUAGAACAAAGCAAACGACGGAGCAGCUGUACAAGCAGGUGGAUGGUGUGUGGACCAACGCUGAAGCAACAGCAAAGAAGGUCUCCGCAAACGUGAAAGAGAAGAUUUCAGCUGCCACAGAGGAGGUUAAAGGAACUUUAGGGAUUGGGAAGCAAGAGUCUUCUUCAACUUCAGACCAACAGUCUUCUGCCGGAACUUCAUCGAACAGUGGUGCUGAUACAAAAGACGAAGAAAAAGUCUCUGAUGGCGAACAAACAAACAAACAAUCUGGGCCUAAUAAUACAGAAGAAACAUUAUUUGGAAAAUUUAAAUCUAGAAUUUCUUCAUCGACUCCUUCUUCGGCCUUUCAAAAAAUUAAGGAAGCAAAGUUUGUAGACAUGGCGAAAAAGGGAUAUGACAUUGUAAAGGAUGAGUUGAGCAGCAGUCCAAAAAAUAGGAAGCGUCUUCAGCAUGAGCCUUCUUCUUCACCUCAAGGUGGGAGAAGUACAAGAACUGACGUAACUGUUGUGCCCACAAAGCAGUCCCCUUGGAGUAAGAAGUGGGAGACUUUCAAAAAUAAGGUUCAACGUCAUCCUAUGUUCAAGCGUAUUGGUGUGGUUGCUGAUCCUGUCGUGACAAAGAGUCAGGAGAUGGCAGAGGACAUGCGAGAAAGAUGGGAAACAAGUGAUAACCCAAUUGUUCAUAAAAUUCAAGACAUCAAUGAAACUAUCUUCCAGGAAACGGAUGCGGCUGCUACAAUUAAGGAGAUUCGCAGUCGAGAUCCGUCAUUCUCAAUGCCAGAGUUUGUGGCCGAAGUUCAGGAAGCUGUUAAACCGGUGUUGCAUGCUUAUAUUAAGGGUGACAUUGAAACUUUGAAGAAGUACUGUACCAAAGAAGUCAUUGAGCGGUGUAUAGCAGAGCAUGGUGCUUACAAAAGUCAUGGCAUAUUUUUCGAUAACAAGAUUCUACAUAUAUCUGAUGUUGAAGUUAGAGAGACGAAAAUGAUGGGAGCCUCACCUAUCAUCAUUGUAGCGUUCCAAACACAGCAAGUCUAUUGUGUACGUGACCGAAAUGGUGCAAUCACUGAAGGCGGCCAGGAUACAAUCCAUACGGUGUACUACGCAUGGGCAAUGCAACAGGUGGAGCCCGAAGAACUAGGAGAGGGCGCUAUAUACCCGAUAUGGAAGCUAAGAGAAGUACAACAGCUCGGAGUUCAAAGCCUCAUCUAGUUCGGUUAAGUACAUUUGUUUCGAUCCAAAAUAGAUGUAGAAUUGCAUACAUCUCUUUGUUUAAUUUUCUCUUCUGUUAUUAUUGAUUUCUCAUUCGGUGUCAGCUCGUUAACUUCUCUGGGUUUUGUAAACACUGCCAGGGAAAACUUUGGUGAGAUUCCUUUAUUCAUUUUACCAAAUAAAGAAAAAAUUAAAGUACUCUUUUUCUGUAUAAAUUAAAUUACACUCUAAUCUUUGGGGUAUUUAAAAAUAUCUGUUAAUUAAGUGAUUAGUGUAAA